ACGACGAGGGACGGGACGGCUUCCUUGUAGAGACAUCGCCGCGCCGCCGUCUACAGCCUACAGCCUGAUCCGCCAUCCAUGGCGCUGCGUGCCCUGAUGGCGAGGAUGCGGACUUCCGCCCCUGCGCUCCGCCUCCAGACGCCGGCCCUCGGCAUCUCCCCUCUGCCCGGCGGCCGCCCCAACUUCCACUCCGCCGCCGCCCCCCGCCUCUCCCCGCCGGCCGGCGGCCGUCCCUGCCUCAUCUCCACCAGGAACCUGCGCACAAGAAUUAACUUGGAAUCAGCUAGCAAAGAGGAGCUCGAACGUGAGGCAACCUUCUUAAGGGAACAGAUCAAUGAGUUUGUGGACCGUAUUCAGAAGGAGAAGGAGAGGUCUGAUCUAAUCAAGAAGGAUCUUUGGGCUUCUCUGAAGCGUAUGGCCUGUUGUGCUGCUGUGGUGAAAGUCAUAACGCUUUUCAUUCCUUAUAAACUAGCGGAAGAAGAUGAGGUGAUGGAUAUGAACUAGCAGAACAAGCUGAGGUGAUGAACUAGUAGAACAAGCUGAGACGUCAUGUCAUCAGCUAGCUGUGAGCUCUUAACGAGUAGUAGGUUAUAUUAGGGAACUCAUGUAUUAAUAUGCCUAUCAGUCAUGCAUCAGUACUUCAGUAUAUUAUAGAACUCCGAGCUGUUUGUAUGGGUGUUCGUCUUUUAUCAGCUAGUUGUGAGUUAUGAACGAGUAGUAGGUUAUGUUAGGGAACUCAUGUAUUGAUAUGUGUGUCGCGAGCUAUAUUUGUUUGAGGAACUGACAAUGCUUUUAAGAAGGGAGCAAUGUAGAAAAGUUGAUA